GCCGCGGAGCCGAUCGCGCCCCGCGGAGCCGAGCGGCCGAGUUCACGUUGUUGGGAGUUUGCAACAACUCCGCGGCCUCGGCUGCUGCGCGGGGUGCUGCCUUCCCCGCCUCCUCUCCUCCUCCUCCUCCUCCUCCGCCCCUUGGGCUUGUUUUUUUUUUUCCCUUCCUCCUUUUUUUUCCCUCCCUCCCCCCUCCCUCUCCCCCCUUUCGCUUUGAUUUCGUUCUCCUCCCCUCCGCGCGCCCUGCGUGUGUGUGUUUUUCGCCGCCGAUCUUCACCAAAGCUCCUUGGCAUGAGUUAAGCACCAGCUAUGGACACCAAACACUUCCUGCCGCUGGAUUUCUCCAGCCAAGUCAAUUCCACGUCCCUGAACUCUCCCACGAGCCGGGGCCCCAUGGCCACCCCGUCCCUGCACCCGUCCAUCGGGCCGGGCAUCGGCUCCUCGCUGGGCUCCCCAGGCCAGCUCCACUCACCCAUCAGCACCCUGAGCUCUCCCAUCAAUGGCAUGGGACCCCCAUUCUCUGUCAUCAGCUCCCCCAUGGGCCCGCACUCGAUGUCCGUCCCCUCCACCCCCAGCCUGGGAUUCGGCACCAGCAGCCCACAGCUCAACUCGCCCAUGAACCCCGUCAGCAGCUCAGAAGACAUUAAGCCACCCCUGGGGCUCAAUGGAGUCCUCAAAGUGCCAGCACAUCCCUCAGGAACGAUGGCCUCCUUCACCAAGCACAUAUGUGCCAUCUGUGGGGACAGAUCUUCAGGUAAACAUUACGGGGUGUACAGCUGUGAGGGCUGCAAAGGCUUCUUCAAGCGCACGGUGCGCAAGGACCUGACGUACACGUGCCGGGACAACAAGGACUGUCUGAUCGACAAGCGCCAGCGCAACCGCUGCCAGUACUGCCGCUACCAGAAGUGUCUGGCCAUGGGCAUGAAACGAGAAGCUGUCCAGGAGGAGAGGCAGAGGGGGAAGGACCGCAAUGAGAACGAGGUGGAGUCAACAAGUAGCGCCAACGAGGACAUGCCCGUGGAGAAGAUCUUGGAAGCUGAACUUGCAGUGGAGCCAAAGACAGAGACUUACAUCGAAGCAAACAUGGGCCUGACACCCAGCUCGCCCAACGACCCCGUGACGAACAUCUGCCAGGCAGCAGACAAACAGCUCUUCACCCUGGUGGAGUGGGCCAAGAGGAUCCCCCGCUUCUCCGAGCUGCCCCUGGAUGACCAGGUCAUCUUGCUCAGAGCAGGCUGGAAUGAGCUCCUAAUUGCCUCCUUCUCCCACCGCUCCAUAGCCGUGAAAGACGGGAUCCUGUUAGCCACAGGGCUGCACGUGCACCGGAACAGCGCCCACAGCGCGGGCGUCGGGGCCAUCUUCGACAGAGUACUGACAGAACUCGUGUCAAAAAUGCGAGACAUGCAGAUGGACAAGACAGAGCUCGGCUGCCUGCGAGCCAUCGUCCUCUUCAACCCUGACUCGAAGGGCCUGUCCAACCCGGCGGAGGUGGAGGCGUUACGGGAGAAGGUGUACGCGUCGCUAGAGGCAUACUGCAAACACAAGUACCCUGACCAGCCAGGGAGGUUUGCAAAGCUCUUGCUGCGUCUCCCAGCCCUGCGGUCCAUCGGCUUGAAAUGCCUGGAGCACCUCUUCUUCUUCAAGCUAAUAGGAGACACGCCAAUCGACACCUUCUUGAUGGAAAUGCUGGAAGCACCUCAUCAAAUGACUUAGAGACCUGCUGCUGGCUCAGUCCCUCUCCCAGCUGGGGUCUCACACGGCCCCUUCCUCCGCUUCCCUCCGCCCCGUCCCUCCCUGCUGGCCCCAGCGCCGGAGGCACCGUCUGAUCCAGGGGGGCUGUGUGUGUCCCCCCUCCUUCGCCGUCCUCGCCUCCUCCAAGCCUUCACCCUUGUCCAUUUGCUGUCACUGCUGCAUCUCAAGACCUGCUCGCUGGUUCCCUGCCUUAGAUGUAGAGAAAUGGGAGCGGACAGAGCUUUGGCAGCCGCUGCUCCAGCUCAGCUCCCUGCUUUGCCCCAGCCCUCACCCUGAGGUGAGCUACCCAGAUGGCUUUGGGCAUCAGCCCAGGGCAGGAGCAGGGAUGGGGACAGUCCCAGCCCUCGGGGCAGUGGGGUUUGGAGGGGCUGAGGGGAGUGAAGUGGCCGGGUUGCAGCUGGUUGGUUGCACAGGAUGGAUGGGUUUGGUUUUGUUGGAAAAAGAGAAGAAAAAGAGGGGGAAAAAAAAGAAGAAGAAAAGGAAAAAGAAUCCUAUUUUUGGUUUCUAACUAUUAUUAGUAGUCUGGGUGGUUGUUACUUGGUGGAGGGAGAGGCAGCCUGGCCGUGCCCUGUGGGUGAGUCACCGUGGCUGCACGCAGCCUGCUCCUGGCAGUUCCAAGCAAGAGGAUUUGGGGUUGAGCUAAAUCCCUCCCCCCCCACAUAACGAGGUGACUGAUGGCACAGGGAGCCAGGGCAACUUCUCACUCUGGGCAAAGUGUCCCAGCACCUGAACAAAUCCCCUUUUGCCAUCUCAGGGGGCAGCUGAGCAUCGCUGCCCUUCCCAGAGGCGCCUCCACGCUCGGUGGGGACAGGAGCCAGCUGGAGCACUUGCUUUAAGGCUGCUGGGGACUCAACACCACUCUUUCCCAGCUCAUGGGGUCUUGCUGGGACCUCCUGCCCUCAGCACUGUGCCCAGCACCCUGGCACAGCCCACUCACCAGGCUUGGUCCAGCCUGUCCUGCCAGACCCACGCUGGAUCUCAGGGGCUGUUGUGUUGGAGCAGCAGGAGCUGCCACAUCAGCAAUGGCUCCUUCUUGGGUUCUUGGGGUUUUUUUAUGGUUCUGGCCUGGUUUAGUGAGGUUGGAGGGGCUUUUCCAGCUGAUGGGAUGGGCUCCAUGAAAAGCCCUGGCACACACAGCAUCCUGGGUGCUGUCAGGCAGUUGCUCUGGGCCAGCAGCACCUGAGCCCUGAGCACUUUCAGCUUGCUCAGGAGGCUGCUCCUGUUGAUUCAGCAGCUGCUGUGCAAAGCACUGCAAGGCAACAAUUAGUGGGAGUGCUUAGCCAGGCUGGUCAUGGUGGCUGUUGAAGCAAGAACAAGGCUCCUUCUGCCCUGAAUCCCACCCCCUCCUUCCCCCAUCAGGCAGGGACAUGGGGGCUGAAGGGUCCCAGCUGAGUGGGAGAGCACCAAACAAGCACCUUGGCUUUUGCAGAGCCCUUUCCUUGAUGGACAGGUUUUGGGGGAGUAGGUGCAGGAAUGUUCCCACACCCCAUGGGCUGGGAUUCCCUGGGGAGUGUGUGGGGAGAGGAGCUCACACAGGGAGUGUUUCCCCUCAGGCUCCCCAUAUCACCCUCCUCAGGUGCCUGCAGAGCCCCACUGAAAAAAUGAGCUAUGAGGAAAAGAACCCCAAAGCAGAGCAAGCUGUGAGGGAUGGUAGAGAGGCAGUUUUCUCCCUUGGCAGGACAGAGUGUCCCAAACACUGUGGGGCUGGUGCUGGGAGCCAAGAGCCAGGUGUCAGUGGUUGCCCCGGGGCCAAGGGCUUCCCCCCAGCUUUCAUGUCCCUCUGCUGUCAAACAGCAGUAUUAGAUCCCAAAGGUAUUUCUCUCCUUGCUCCCUGUGGGUUGUAGCUGGCUCUUCACACAUCUCCUUUGUGCCUGGAGGGGGGAUGGAGCAGUGCCCACCAGCUCCCUCCUCUCUUUUGGAAGGGACACGUUGUCACCUGCUUGUUGUCAUCCCUCCUGGCAGCUCCAGUGCCCAGCUCCAUCCCCUGCAGUUAACCAGCCCAUCUCCUUGCUCAAGGAAUACUCAGGAUUUCAGGUCAUAACUUUCCCUUAGGCUGGCCUGAAGUGGCAGAUCCCCAGAGGCAGGGGAAGUGUUUUGACUGUGUUUCUCCAGCAGCCUGCCUGCCGCCCAAAAUAUUAUUAAACAGCUUCACCCUGCAAGAAUUUGCCAAGAAAACCAGGCAAGAGGAAUGAAACAUGUAAAGGGUGCCAGUAAACAUGAGCAGGCUGUUCCUUGCCAGUGGAAGGCUGGCACAGCCCUGGGGGGUGGGGGGAGCUCCCUGACAGGCUGUGCAGAGCUCAGCCCGAGCCAAGGCAGCCCCCAGGCAGCCCCCAGCCCAGCUCUUGCCAGUGGAAAGGAGCCUGGAGCUCUCUUGGUGGAAAGGAUGAGGGUGCUUUGUGAGAGAGUCAGUAGUCAUUGCACUAGAAUAAACCCACUGUCCUCCCUUGGGUGGAACCACUUUCUUUUUUUCCUGCUUGAUGGCUGGGAAGGGGCUGUUGGGUGCUGGGUGCUGUGCUGGGGGGGGCUUGCAAGGCUGAGGUGUGGCUGGCUGCAGAGCAGGAGCUCCUGUCCCAUCCCAUCCCAGUUAGCAUUCAACCCAGCACAAAUAGAGUGCCAGGAGGAAGGUGCUGUGUGGGUCAGGGGCUCUCACACAGGACACACAGCUCCGUGCCUCAGUUUCCCUGAUGGAGCUGAGGAGGGUUUUGGAGAGAGGCUGAGCAUUGUCCUGGCUUUUCUGUCCUCACAGCUGUUGAGGGAACCCCUACAUGGCUGUAAACUCAGCAUGACCCAAUUGCUUUCAGUCAGUCUCUUCUGAUUCCCCCCUCAACAGCCACACUGGGCAUUUCAGGUUGCCAGUGGGCCCUGAACACUUGUGAUCAACCCCCAGAGCCUGGGUCCCAGCCCACUGCACCACCUCCCCCUCCACCAUCACCAGCCCUCCCCAUCAGGAGAAGCUCCUGUGCAUCCAGCACAUCUGCCACAGCAGCCUUAAAGCAACGUGCUUCUGCAUGAGUUGGACUCUCAGUUGUAUUCUUUUUCACUUGGGGCUUUCUUCUUUUCUUUUCCUUUUUGAGUCCUCAGCAUCAUCAUGAGAUCAAUCUGCUUCUUGCUUGUUUGAAGAGGUGAUAUGUGGGUAUAAGGAAAGCAAAGGCACAUUAUUCACUAGGAGAGGUAGGAUUUGCAUUUGACCAGAUCCCAGAACUCCUGCAGCAGUCUGGUUUGAUUAGGGUGAUCUGGUUUGUAAUUAUCACUUUUGCUGUUGGUGGUGGUGGUUUAAAAUUCCUUGUUAUUGGUGGGACAAUCUUUAAUUUUCUAAAGAUAGCACAAACAUCAGCUUUUCAGCCACCCACCUGCCCCUGGGGAUGUUCCUCGCUGCCUUCUUUGUGUGUGCACGUCUCAACCCAGCCCUGACCCCCCCAGCCCAAUCCAGCACGGGAUGCUGACCCUGCAGCACCCUGGGGCUGAGCACCACUGCUGGCUGGGAGCCCAGGAGUGGAGUUCUGGGUAAAGGACCUUCAUCUGCACAGCACCUAUGGGUGUAGGAAGCCCACACCACAGCUUCUCCACAUUGUGGACCCAGGGGCUCCAGCAUGGUCCCCACAGCUCCCCAGGGCCAUCCAUCUUUGAGUGGGCUCAGCUCCUCCUCCUGCUCAUCAUCAUCACCAUCAUCAUGAUGCCUAGGCUCAGCUCCUCCUUAUGGGGAGGAGGUUUGAGCUCAGCUCCUCAUCAUCACAACUGGGUUCAACUCCUGCAUUUCAUCAUGACUGGGCUCAGCUCCUCAUCAGCAUCACAACUGGCUUCAGCUCCUCUUUAUGAUCAGGUUUGAGCUCAGCUCCUCAUCAUCACAACUGGGUUGAACUCCUGCCCUCCAUCACAACUGGGCUCAGCUCCUGCCCAUCAUCAUGACUGGGCUCAGCUCCUCCUCCUCCUCCUCCUCCUCCUCCUCCUCCUCCUCCUCCUCCUCCUCAUCAUCAUCAUCAUCAUCAUCAUCAUCAUCGUAACAGGGCUCAGCUCCUGCUCACAGUUGGGUUCAGCUCAUCAUCAUAACUGGGUCCAGCUGCUGCCCAUCAUCAGAACUAGGCUCAGCUCCUGCUCAUGCUCUCAACUGGGUUCAGCUCAUCAUCAUAACUGGGUUCAGCUCAUCAUCAUAACUGGGUUCAGCUCCUGCUCAUGCUCACACGUGGGUUCAGCUCAUCAUCAUAACUGGGUUCAGCUCCUGCUCAUACUCUCAACUGGAUUCAGCUCAUCAUCAUAACUGGGUUCAGCUCUUGCCCUUGUUGCUCCUCAGAAGGGCUGAGGCUGUGGUUCAGGAGCUGCUGUGUGCCCCUCAGUGCCAGGUCUGGGUGAGGUUGCUGUGUGUGUACACAUGUAUGUACUGUAGAUAUCCACACUGUAUAAAUAGCCUCUCUCACAUAGCCCUAUAUUAUAACCGUAGCAAUUACAGACUUCUCUCUCUCUUUUUUUUUGUGGGUUUAAGUCAAUUCAUUUUCCUCUCUUUUUGUUUCCUUGCUUUUUGUUUGUUUGUUUGCUUCAUGUAAGCGAGCCCAUUGUAUCCCAAGCCCUUUUCCAAUUGGCAGAUGCCAAAUCUGGAUCUUUAUUCCUCGAGACAAAGGAACUGCAUCUAUUUUAAGAUGCCUUUUUGUUUUGAUUUGGUUUUUUUUCUGGUUUGUUUUGUUGGUUGUUGUUUUUUUCCCUUUGGAGCAGCAGGUGGUUUUGAGUACAGAAACAAUAGCUUUAGCAAUUCCCAAUACUUAGUGAUGGAUGCCUUGGCUCUGGGAUGAGUAGAUGAAAGAGAGAAAUAAAGAGGUUAAAAUUUAGAGUGACAAAAAGAUAAGGAAAAAAAAAAUCUAAAAGCAUCAAUAAAGUGAGAAUCUAUUUUUGUACAAAUGUAAUUUUAUCCCUUACAUAUUCUUGGAUAUUUUCUUUCUGGAUUGUUUUUGUUUCUUCUACAGAGAUUGUUAUAAACUCUCUCUCUUUGGUUUUUCUCUCUCUGGGUGUCAUUCAGCCACAGGGAUGUGGAGAAGAGGGAGGGAGACACUUCUGACUGUGUUUUAAAGGCUUUAUAUGAAAUCUCUUCUGAAAGAAUUUUUUUGAAUGAACUUUUUGUUGGGUUUUUUGUUGGGUUUUUUUUUUUGUUGGUUUGGUUUUUUUCCCCACCCC